GAAGCGAGAGGGGAGACAUGAAACCCACACCCGGCCGAGGCACGCAGGCCGCGCCAUGCGAGCCCCACUGCUGAGCCGUGGCCAUGAAGACGUCGGAUUCAUGGUGACCGCUGCAGCACUCGCUCGCUCGACAAGCUUCUCGACCGCAACUUGGCCGCAGAGGGUCCGCGGGGAAACAUGGCCGAAGGAGGGCCCGCCAGGUCCACUGAGCAGGAGGAGCGGACUCGACCCCACAUCCGGUCAGGAGAGGGGUUCUGCAAAUGGUUCAACGUCCGCAUGGGCUUUGGAUUUAUCUCCAUGACCAGCAGCGAGGGGACCCCUGUCGACCCCCCUCUGGAUGUUUUCGUGCACCAAAGUAAGCUGGUGAUGGAGGGCUUCCGAAGCUUAAAGGAAGGGGUGCCAGUUGAGUUCACUUACAAGAAGUCUUGCAAGGGCCUCGAGUCCUUGCGAGUGACGGGACCGGGUGGGGGACCAUGCGCUGGCAGUGAGAGGAGGCCGAAAGGGAAGGUCCCACUCCAAAAGCGCAAACCAAAGGGAGACCGCUGUUAUAACUGUGGAGGACUGGACCACCACGCUAAGGAGUGUAGCCUGCCCCCCCAGCCAAAGAAAUGCCACUACUGCCAGAGCAUCACGCACAUGGUGGCCCAAUGCCCACACAAGCCGAUGGCGCCCUCCGCAGGCUCUCAGGACCAACACGCGUCUACCUCGGCCUCUAGCCCGGGGUCGUCGGCCUACCUCGGCCUCCCAGAGGAAGAAGAGCACUACGGCGCUUCUCCCCUGGGGGGGUCAUCCUCAUCCCCGGAAGAGCCCCAAAGUCACCAUGGACCCCGUACCCAGAGGUGGAGGAAAUACUAAAAACACGUCGAGCCUCCUCGCUUCAUCUACCUCACACCUGUGACAAAAUGAGACGUUUUCCAUUUCUUCAACUUUUUAUGGGUAUUUUAUUUCAUUUUCUAACCAUGCGGCUAUGGCAACGAUCAGAUGUGUACAGACGCUUGUGCAUGCCUUGCAGCAAUAUGGUGGCGCCAUAGCAACCGCCGUGGGAUGCUGUCUGCAAGGGAUGAUCUUACAUUCAAUCAGUGCAGCUCAGGAGGCAAACAUGCAUGGAUCAUGGGUUUGAAUUGUUAUACCUCCUUACACACCUCAGUGUUAUUAUUGUUUUUUUAAUCAUACUUUCUUCACAAAUGUAAUCAUGUGCCCAAAUACUCCUUUUUAAACAUAUGUUUUAAGGGUUAUAAUGGAUCUUUAAGUCGCAACUCUAAAGCUGUAAUCCACACCUGUAAGACUGUUAAAAGCUGUCUUUAGGGACACUUAAUGGAUUACAGAGGGAACACUUAAGACAAAAAACAAUGACUAAAAACUCAUUGUCAACCUACUGUAAUUUAUUUACGCACCCGCUAUAACAUUGCGUACACCUGCACAAUAUAACGAGAUGCAGUGCAAUUAUGAUUUUAAUAUUAAUUGGAUGAAACCCAGCAUAUUCUUCGUUCAGCACAAAUUUGUGAAAAUUUGUGAGUUAGUAAUUUAGCUAAGAUUAUUUGCUUAAAAUGUACCAUAAAGGUGUAAAGGACUGUUUAAAGAGACAAACUAAAAGCACAAUAUUACAUACUAGGGGUGUCCCGAUAGCAUAUUUUUGCA